AUGGAUCACCACCACCAAGUACUAUCGAUUUUUUCAUUCUUACUAACAAUUCAUUUAUCAAUAUCAGGUGUAAUUUCAACAACAUUCACAUUUGUUAACAAAUGUGACUACACAGUCUGGCCAGGACUUCUCUCAAAUGCCGGAGUUCCACCUAUUCCGACCACCGGUUUCGUUCUUCAAACCGGCGAAUCAACCACCGUAACCGCUCCAACCUCCUGGGGCGGUCGUUUCUGGGGAAGAACUCUCUGCUCCCAAGAUACUACCGGAAAAUUCUCCUGCCUCACCGGAGAUUGCGGCUCCGGCAAAAUCGAAUGCUCCGGUAACGGAGCCGCACCGCCGGCAACAUUGGCAGAGUUCACUUUAGACGGAUCCGGUGGUCUUGACUUCUUCGACGUCAGUCUCGUCGACGGCUACAAUGUCCCUAUGUUAGUUUCCCCUCAAGGUGGCACCGGCGAUAAAUGCACCACGACGGGGUGUAUUGAAGAUCUCAACGGCGCGUGUCCUUCGGAGCUUAGUGUUAUGAGUUUGGAUGGGAAAGAGAACGUCGCGUGUAAGAGCGCGUGUGAGGCUUUUAAUUCGCCCGAGUAUUGUUGCAGCGGCGCGUUUGGGACUCCUGAUACUUGCAAACCUUCUUCUUACUCUGAGUUGUUUAAAAACGCUUGCCCACGCGCGUAUAGCUACGCGUAUGAUGAUAAAACUAGUACUUUCACUUGUGCAAAUGCUAUAGAUUAUACCAUCACUUUUUGUUCUUCUCCAACUACAAGUCAAAAGGCAACACAAGGGCAAGACACAAAACAGGAAAGUUCAUCUUCUUCAAAAUCCAACUCUGCCACACCUCAGCUUAACAAUGACAACACAAUGGUGUAUGAAGGUGGUUAUAAUCAAAGUGAAAUCUCAGAAGCCAUGUGCACCCAUGUGCUGCUCCAUUCUCAAAUUAUUGCCUGCAUUAUUACCAUUACUACGGCCAUUUGGCACUUAUGCUAA